AUGAAACAUGACGAUAACGAUGGCGAGAGUCGUGUACCGUCAAAAAUUCAUAAAGUGGACAAACUGUCAGCGCACUACAUCUUGAGAUCAGGACUUGCAGGCGGAGUGGCAGGAUCCUGUGCCAAAACUUUGAUUGCACCUCUGGAUAGGAUCAAGAUUUUAUUUCAAACGUCUAACCCACAUUACCUGAAGUAUUCUGGGUCAAUGCUAGGACUGGUCCAAGCGGGUGUUCACAUUAAGACUCACGACGGAAUUCGAGGUUUUUACCAGGGACACUCGGCUACACUCAUAAGGAUUUUCCCUUAUGCCGCCAUCAAAUUUAUUGCAUAUGAACAAAUACGACACUUCAUGAUACCAUCAAACGACUACGAAACGCAUACGCGUCGGCUGUUAAGCGGUUCGCUUGCGGGUCUCUGUAGUGUUUUUAUGACCUAUCCCUUGGAUCUCAUUAGGGUUCGAUUAGCAUAUCUCACAGAUCACAAGCGCAUCAAAAUGUGGCCUGUUAUCAAACGUAUUUAUUCUGAACGGGCUUCGGAUUCACUCACAUCAAAGCCUUUCGUACCUGAAUGGUUUGCUCAUUGGUGCAAUUAUUAUCGCGGUUUCACCCCCACCAUUUUGGGUAUGAUACCAUAUGCUGGUGUGUCCUUCUUCGCCCAUGACUUGUGUGGCGACAUUUUGAGAAGCCCUCUGAUAGCACCGUACUCAGUCUUAAAAAUGUCCGACGAAGAGCUGGAUGUGCAUGCAAAACAAGCUUACAAUAGGCCCUUGAAGACAUGGGCUGAGCUAAGUGCGGGUGGCUUGGCAGGCAUGGCAGCACAGACUGCGUCAUACCCAUUUGAGAUUAUCCGGCGUCGGCUUCAAGUGAGCGUUGUUUCACCAACUGCUAUUCAUGAUUUCCAAUCGAUACCUGAUAUGAUUCGAGUAAUAUACAUGGAACGGGGUUGGAGAGGGUUUUUUGUUGGGUUAAGCAUAGGAUACAUCAAGGUUACUCCGAUGGUUGCAUGCAGUUUUUUCGUUUACGAAAGAAUGAAAUGGUAUUUGGAGAUUUAA